CCUUCCCGCGCUCUCGUCUUCUUCUUCCUCCCUCUCUCGCUCUCUCCCUCUCUCCCCCAACCCCACCAUGCGAAGCUCGGCCCCGCCAUGGCCGUUGAGCUCCGCCGCCUCUUCCCCUCGUGUGCGACCACCCUCCGCCGCGCCCGCGCCCUCCACGCCCUCCUCCUCCUCUCCGGCCGCCUCGUCGCCUACCCCUCCCUCACCGCCACCCUCAUCACCCUCUACUCCCGCCUCGGCGACCUCCCCUCCUCCCUCCUCUCCUUCCUCCACCACCGCCCUUCCUCCUCCACCACCACCAUUGUCUCCUUCAACUCCCUCAUCUCCGCCUUCGUCAGCCACCGGCGCCCCUCCUCCGCCCUCUCCGCCUUUCACCGCCUCCUCUCCCACCCCGCCCUUCGCCCCGACGCCUUCACCUUCCCCGUCGUCCUCAAAGCCUGCGGCGAUCCGCAGCACGGUGAAAAGAUCCACUCUUUGGCCCUAAAGAUGGGAUUUUGCUCCAACGUCUACGUCGGCGCGUCCCUGCUCCACAUGUACUCGCGGUUCGGGCUCCUGGGCUGCGCCCGGAAGGUGUUCGAUGAAAUGCCCGAGAGGGAUUUGGGCGCCUGGAAUGCCCUUCUUUCUGGGUUUUGUCAGAAUUCGAGGGCGGCCGAUGCUGUCGGGCUUUUUGAGGAGAUGGUGAUCGAGCGAGUGGGAGGGGAUAAGGUUACCUUUGCUAGCAUUGUUCCGAUCAUUGCGUUUUUGGAGGAUCAGUUGCUGGGGGCGUUGAUGCACGUUCGCGCUGUUAAGCUCGGAUUGGAUUCGUAUCUUUUCGUCUCAAAUGCUUUGAUCGACAUGUACGCCAAGUUGGGCUGUUUGGGCGAGGCGAGGCGGGUGUUCGAUGAAAUGCUUCAUAAAGAUCUGGUCUCGUGGAAUUCUUUGAUUUCGGGAUACGAGCAAUUCGGUAAUGUAAGUUUAGCUCUCGAAUUAUUUCAUCUAAUGAAAGAAGGCGAUUGCCAACCUGAUGUUCUGACUCUGGUGAGCCUGGCGUCAGCAACCGCUCAGUGUGGGGACGACAGGGGUGGCAGAUCGGUACAUUGCUAUAUCAUGAGAAGAGGGUGGGAAAUGGAUGACAUCAUUGCCGGGAAUGCGAUCGUGGACAUGUACUCAAAGAUGGCGAAGAUUGAGGCCGCACGUAACGCGUUCGAUAGAAUGCCGGUUAAGGACAUAAUUUCUUGGAAUACUUUGAUCACAUGCUACUCCCAAAAUGGGCUUGCGAGUGAGGCGAUAGAGGUUUUCGACUACAUGGAGAAGUUUGAGGGGCUUAAGACAAUCCAAGGAACAUUGGCCGGUAUUUUACCUGCAUACUCUCAUCUUGGAGCCUUGAGACAGGGAAUGAGAAUUCACGGCCGUUCGAUUCGCAUUGGGUUGGAGUCGGAUGUUUUUGUGGCUACUUGUCUUAUUGACAUGUAUGCAAAAUGUGGGAAAUUGGGUGAUGCGUCGCUUUUAUUCCAAAAAAUACCUAGAAAGAGCAGUGGUCCAUGGAAUGCCAUAAUAGCUGGUCAUGGAGUUCAUGGAGAUGGCGAAGAAGCUCUUGAGAUUUUCUCACUAAUGGAAAUAGAAGGAGUUAAGCCAGACCAUGUCACCUUUAUUUCGUUAUUAUCGGCAUGUAGCCAUGCAGGUUUGGUCGAUCAAGGCCAAAAAUAUUUCCAACUAAUGCAGACAAGUUACGGUAUCCAACCCAUAAUGAAGCAUUAUGCGUGCAUCGUAGAUUUGCUGGGUCGUGCUGGUCGACUAAAUGAUGCUUACGAAUUCAUAAAAACAAUGCGCGUGAAGCCUGAUUCUGGUGUGUGGGGUGCUCUUUUGGGUGCAUGCAGGAUUCAUGGAAAUGUCGAGAUGGGCUUAUUGUCUUCAGAAAAGUUAUUCGAAAUAGACCCCGAGAAUGUUGGGUAUUACGUUUUGUUGUCGAAUAUGUAUGCGAAAGUCGGAAAAUGGGAAGGGGUUAAUAAAGUGAGAUCUAUGGUUCGACACAGGAACUUGCAGAAAACCCCUGGAUGGAGUUCAAUUGAGGUGAAUAAGAAGGUCAAUGUAUUUUUCACUGGGAAUCAGACCGAUCCUCACCCUCAACUGGAAGAGAUCCAAAGAGAGAUAGAAAACUUGUUAGCCAAGAUGAAAGCCCUAGGUUAUGUUCCAGAUUACAGCUUUGUGCUACAAGAUGUUGAAGAGGACGAAAAGGAGCACAUUUUGGCGAGCCACAGCGAGAGAUUGGCUAUUGCAUUCGGCAUUAUAAGUACAUCGCCCGAAACCCCCAUUCAAAUUUACAAAAACUUGAGGGUUUGCGGGGACUGCCACAAUGCGACCAAGUAUAUAUCAAUUAUUACCGAGAGAGAGAUCAUUGUUAGAGAUUCGAACCGAUUUCAUCAUUUCAAAGAAGGGCGUUGCUCGUGUGGCGAUUAUUGGUGAAACAAGCUAACAUUUUGUUCCUUUUGAACAGCUUCAAAAGCGCUUUGUACUCGAGCAAGCUGCAGAUAGUAUAAGGCUUUGGAGGAGAGGAAAUUAAGUAUACCAAAAUGAAAUUUUGUCAACUUUUCAUUGUCCAACAGUAAAAUUGGAUUUCCUGGGGAUUAAGAACUUAAUCUCCAACCCCUCUUAUGUAUUUUUUACAUUCUUUCGCUCAAUUUGUUUGUUAAAUUAAUGAACUAAUGAGAAGUAUCUCAUUUGCAUAGUUUGGAAGGGAAAAUUUUGGUGUCAUAUCAUAUGAUUCGCGUAUAAUUAAAAACUGUAAAUAAUAUUUUGUGUA